AUGGCUCCCUCUGACCGUCUCACUCAGGUGAAUGAGCACCUUAACUACCCAGCCGGUCUGCUGGCAGGCCAAGUAGCCAUCAUUACCGGCGCAGGCCAAGGCAUCGGCGCCGAAGCAGCACGACUAUUCGCAAACGAAGGCGCAAAGGUCGUAGUCGCUGAUAUCGACGCCAAAAAGGCCAACGCCGUCGCUGACGCGAUCAACUCCGCAAAGGCCGGCCGCGCCCUCGCCGUCGUCGGCGAUGUCCUCGAUAGCAACUACAUCACCGAGCUGGUAAAGAAAACUGCCGAGUUCGGCAAUGGCAAAAUCCACAUUAUCGUGAACAAUGCCGGGUUCACAUGGGAUGGUGUUAUUCACAAGAUGACAGACAAGCAAUGGGAGACCAUGCUAGCAGUUCACAACACCGCACCUUUCCAGCUCGUGCGCGCCGCAGCGCCCUACUUCCGGGUGAAAGACCAAGAGCCGCGCGUAGUGAUCAACAUCAGCAGCACGAGCGGAGUCCACGGCAAUGCAGGCCAGGCCAAUUACGCAGUAGCGAAGGCCGGUGUUGUCGGCCUGACCCGUACAAUCGCCAAAGAAUGGGGUCCAUCCUUUGGCGUGCGGUCGAAUACUAUCGCCUUCGGCUUCGUGACGACCCGUCUGACGGCCGCGAAGGAAGAGGGCGCUUUCAUCACUACGCCUGACGGUACGAAGGUCGCACUGGGAAUUCCAGGCAAGCAGCUUGCGACUAAGAAGGGCUCCGACAACCAGGAGAAGAAGGCUGCUCCUACUUACCCUGAUAUUCCGCUGGGCAGACCUGCGACUCCGGAGGAGGCUGCGCGGGCAAUUCUGGGUGUUGCGUCGCCGUGGUUCUCUUACGUUAAUGGAGAGACGAUUCGGGUUACUGGUGGGCGGAAUAUGUAG